AUGUCAAACGAUCGUUCACGUCGUGGCUUGAAUCCGAAUGCUCAAGCUUUCAUACCCAACCCAGGCGCUAGACCGUUCGUACCUGGCCAACCGUAUAUGUUCGCCAAUCCGCCGCCAAUCUACGCUCAACCCCCUCCACCGGGUGCCUUUCCACCCAUCUACCCGCCGCAGCAUUCACAAUUCAGCGGGCAUAUGAUCCCUCAACAGCCGACUAAUCCGAUGUUUGCACCACCUCUUCUACAACAACCUCAUAUGCCUCCACAACAUCAGUUCCAACAACAAGCACAACAAAAAAUGAUGCCCCUUCCAACACAGCAAGAUAUUAUACAGCAACAACCACCGCUUGAUGACUGGGAUGCAGAAGAGCCCGAGCCUGAACCCGAAAGAACAGAGCCAAUAGCACCCGCCGAACCAAAGGAAACAAAGGAAGAUGAACCUGAAGCGAAAAUUGACGAACCGGAAGAGGUUAAGACAGAGGAAGCAGAAGUGGUUGAAGAAGAAAGGCAGCAAGAGAGCAAGACAGAUGUCGAAGAAGUGCCACUUCAAGAAAAGAAAGCCGCAAGUGAGGAUCGAGAGGGGAGUGGAGACAAAGCCACAGAAUCUGGAACUGAUUCCAAAAGUGAUGAAAUCGACGAAGUGGCUGCUCUGCCAAGCAAAUUCAAACGUACCGUCUAUGUGGAUGAUGGUACUAGGAAAGCGCACGUAAACAUUGUUUUCAUUGGUCACGUAGAUGCUGGCAAGUCGACGAUCGGCGGGCAGUUGAUGUACCUGACAGGAAUGGUUGACAAGAGAACGCUGGAAAAAUAUGAGAAAGAGGCAAAAGACAAGGGUCGUGAGUCAUGGUAUUUGUCUUGGGCGUUAGACACGAACGACGAGGAACGAGAGAAGGGUAAAACAGUAGAAUGUGGACGUGCAUUCUUUGAGACCGAAAAGAAACAUUUCACGAUUUUGGAUGCUCCAGGUCAUAAAUCUUUCGUACCGAAUAUGAUUAGCGGUGCGACACAGGCCGAUCUAGCUGUUUUGGUGAUUAGUGCGCGUAAAGGUGAAUUCGAGACUGGCUUCGAUCGUGGUGGUCAAACGCGUGAGCAUGCAAUGUUGGUGAAGACGGCCGGAGUGAAGCAUUUGAUUGUGUUGGUUAAUAAAAUGGAUGAUCCAACAGUGGAUUGGGAAGAGGAGAGGUUCAAAGAAAUUCAACAGAAACUUACGCCAUACUUGCGCAAAUGUGGUUUCAAUCCGAAAACGGAUAUAGUCUAUAUUCCGGUAUCAGGCUUAACGGGUGCAUUCUUGAAGGAGCGACCGUCCGCUGAGUUCGGAUCGUGGUACACAGGGCCAUGCUUCAUUGAAUAUAUUGACACUAUGUUACCAGAAUUGAGUCGAGACUUCGAUGGACCAGUCAGAGUGGUUAUCGCUGAUAAAUAUAGUGAUAUGGGCACCAUUGUGAUCGGUAAAAUUGAAUCAGGUAUUAUUAGUAAGGGUGACAGUGUUGUAGUAAUGCCAAAUAGGACAAACGUUCAAGUGAUUCAAUUAUGGUCAGAUGACGCAGAAACUGACAGGGUGAUGGCUGGUGAUAAUAUAAAGCUGAAGUUGAAAGGUGUGGAGGAUGCGGACAUUCUGUCAGGAUUUAUUUUGUGCUCAUCGGAUGCACUUUGUCACGUUGGAAGAGUUUUUGAUGCUGAGGUUGUUAUAUUGGAACAUAAAUCAAUCAUAGCUUCUGGAUAUUCUUGCGUUCUUCACAUUCAGUCGGCCGUUGAAGAGGUUACUGUCAAGAUGGUGAUUUGUACGAUUGAUAAGAAGACAGGCGCAAAGCUUCGAGCACGUUUCGUGAAACAAGAUGAAAAAUGCAUAAUGCGAUUGGAGAGUGCAGAACCGUUCUGCUUGGAAGCAUUCAAAGAUUUCCCUCAAAUGGGCAGAUUUACACUACGAGAUGAGGGUAAAACGAUUGCAAUCGGUAAAGUAUUGAAAGUGCUCGAAUAG